GGAGAGUCGUUUGGGGAGAGAUUGGCAGCACCACUUUUGGGUCGUCUUUGUCGUGAUCGUGACAAAUCUCGAAUAUGAAACGGCAAACUCGUCGCAGUACCAACCGCAUCAACGCAGUCAGAUUGUCUACUCGUGCGCUCUCUAUCCAAAACCGUUUCAUUUUUGCGCAGCGUUUUUUCUUAGGGGAAAGAUCUAGUAGACAGAAAAAAGUAAAACAAUGGGGGACGAAGUAGAGCUUCCCUCCGCCUACUCGCUCACUCCGGCGAACGGCGACCCAGAACUUCCGCACUCAUGGGGAUUCACCGGCUCGGCGACAGCAAAAUACACAAACGGCGACGUCUUUGUCGGUGACUAUGUUGACGGGAAAAAGCAGGGGAAGGUACAUUUUGAGACGAGACGCUGUGUGUCGCUAUAACUACUUCACAGUUGAUACACGCGGCUCGCUAUUGCUUCGUAUCAAUCAAUGCGAAAAACGCUUUUCAGGGUACCUACACACACGUAAAUGGCGAUGUCUUCGUUGGCGAGUACACAGACGACAAACGAACAGGGGUGGGCAUGAUGACAUACGCAAGCGGUAAGUAUGACAGGACUCUGUUUUUUGUUGACGUUGCAGAACGGCGGAUAAAAUGAAUGAAAAACUGUUCGGAGUUUCUGCCGUGCAGCAUCAAAACAGAAACUCAAGCAGCGGGAUUUGGACUUUCUUCCGCUUCUUAUUACAUCAGGUGGGUGCUACAACGGCAACUUCGAGAACGGCGUAAGGAGCGGCGAGGGGACGUUCGUGUACCCAACAAAAGACAUCUACUCCGGUCUUUGGAAAGCAGGCAAGAAAUCGGGCGAGGGCUUCUACGUGUUUGCAAAUUCCAAGUACUACUACCAGGGCACAUGGAAAAACGGCGAGAUCGUCACAGGUACUAUCCGAAACGAUUCAGCAUGCCAUGAAUUUGGAAUUGCAUGCAGACCACCAAAAAAAGCCUUGUCCUCGUGUAGAAAAAAUGUGAAGUUUGAACUCCAGACGAAACAACUUUGAAUGGAUUCAAGUGAGUGCACAAAAGAAACGCUUCAAACAUCCACAACAGGGAAGUGGGUUCUGUCCCCAAGUCGGUAUUUCGAAGGCAGCUUCACCAGACAAAAGCCUUCCGGCGACGGGAAAUUCGUGUGCAGUGGCUACGAGGUACUCGAUUUGAGAGUUGUUCGAAUUUUCACUGCGUUUUUCUGCAACUUGUGUAGGACAAGCACAUGACUUCGUCGUUGAAAACUUCAUCUUUGAUGUUUUCACAGGUGCAUGGUUGCUAUUCGCAAGAAGUCAAGCCGCUGGAUAGCGGCGUGGGCGAGGCCGGAAAGCCCCCGAUGGAGGUCGCGAAUACCUGGGAAACCUACGCAAUGACCGCGAUCGAAGCGUAGGUCGAACCAAGUGAGAAGACGGAAUCAACAAUCACCUUAGAUAGAAGAAGAACCUUAUUGACUCAAAUCUAAAUCAAAUCCAACAAACGAAAGCAGAAGCACUUGAGAUUAGAAACUUGUCGAAUUACCUCUUGUUUAGCACGAGAAGCAGGAGGAAAGUGAAAGCAGAAACAUCGCGAACAGUUCCGCUAUUGUACAAAAGAGCGAAUGGAAGAAAAUAGAACUGUCUUCUUGUAUCAGAAAAAAAGCUCCUACUUCGU